AUGGAGUGGACAAAUGAUUUUACUAUCAAGUUUUUGGAAUUUUAUCAGAGCGAACCUUGUUUGUGGGAUCCCUCUGACGAAAAUCAUAAAAGAAAGGAGAAAUUAGCUGACGCCUGGAAUCGAAUCUCUGAAUCUACAGGCAAAUCUGUGGCAGAAUUAAAGAAGAAAAAAGAUUCUUUAAUGGCCACUUUCCGGGGUCACUUAAGAAGGAAAAAGGCGUCCAUUAGGAGCGGUGCUGGGGGCGAUGAUAUUUACAAGCCUAUAUGGUUUGCAUACAGCUUUAUGGAAACUUUUCUUGGUCAAAUAUAUGACUGCCACCCUACCAUAAACAGUCAAGACACGUAUAUAUCGUCAUUUGCAUUUCUUUUCAGCACAACGGGCAAUUUCGACUCGGACACUUCAGAGGAAGAGGGCCACAACAAAUCUGACAUAGCCACAACUUCAGCGUUAUCACUAUCAGAAUCCCAUUCACCCAUUUCAUCCCCACACCCAGAAAACUCAUCAACUCCAAAACCUAGUCGACCUGCCAAGAUGACUCCUUUUCAAGAAUCCCUUAUAAAAAAUCUCAGUCAGGCAUCAUCAUCGAUUACCCAAGCCAGAGUUGACGAAGAUGCAGAUCGUUUGUACCUACUUUCUUUACUUCCGGAUUACAAAGCGUUAUCUCCGGGGCAAAAGUGGGCAUUCCGUGAACACUAUAUAUCGUCAUUUGCAUCUCUUUUCAGCACAACGGGCAAUUUCGACUCAGACACUUCAGAGGAAGAGGGCCACAACGAAUCUGACAUAGCCACAACUUCAGCGUUAUCACUAUCAGAAUCCCAUUCACCCAUUUCAUCCCCACACCCAGAAAACUCAUCAACUCCAAAACCUAGUCGACCUGCCAAGAUGACUCCUUUUCAAGAAUCCCUUAUAAAAAAUCUCAGUCAGGCAUCAUCAUCGAUUACCCAAGCCAGAGUUGACGAAGAUGCAGAUCGUUUGUACCUACUUUCUUUACUUCCGGAUUACAAAGCGUUAUCUCCGGGGCAAAAGUGGGCAUUCCGUGAACACGUAGGAUACUUUUUCCGUCAAACUUUCGUACCUCCAGAUCUACGCCUCCUCUGUCAUUCCAAAACUACCGAACCACUUCAACACAUUGUCCUCAAUACUCCUAUCAAGAACAUAGUUCACUACCUUUCUCUCAUAACAUAA